AUGAAGGAUGCUGCUAAGCUUAUGAAGCCUAUAUCGGACGCUAUUGAUGGUGGCAAAUUCGAUAAGAGGAAAGACCUACAGUUUGUAUAUAUGGCAGCGGCUGCCGACUCCCCGCUUAUCCAGUCUGAGAGGUGUAAGAAGUGUGAUAUAGUAUAUGUUCUAUUCCCACGACCGGACCUUCAGCAGCGUCCUGUGGCAUGUCUGAGCCUCGAGGAGUUGUUGGACGCUAUAAACGAUGAACAAAUGUUCUCUGAUAAGGGAGUUGGCCUUUUGAAGAUGAGCACGAGUGCGGCUAUGUCCUCGGAAGGGGCCAAGGCUAGUACAGCCAAGGGGGUGGCUGAUUUAGAUUGA